GCCGUCUCCUUACUCCGGACUUCUUCCGCUGGCCGCCCCCGUCGGCGGUUCUCUACAUGGACACCCUGGUCUGCGAAGAUUCCUCCCGCCACCAGCUCCCGCUCCUUCGCGUCCCCGCUGACUUUGAGAAAUUUUUUAACACUCUCCAGCUCCCCCUCAUUGAUGCCAUGCAGCAGGGUCGUGGCUUCCCCGACGCGGUGCGGCGCCUACACCAGGCUCUCUUUGCCCCGGCGCGUGUGUGUUUAGACACCCGGGUGGGUCUCACGUCCCCCCUGCCGGUCACGCGCGGGCUUCCGCAAGGUGCCGUCUCCUCUCCGGAACUCUCCAGGGGCAUUCGUGCAUCGGAUGGAGCUGCCUACCACUCCAGCGGUGGCCGUCGUGUUAUCGCGGCCGGCUACGUAGAUGAUAUUGAACAUUAUGGUAGCGGCUUACGUGACUUACCUGCCAUCCUAAACAGCCUGGCAUUGGGCAGUCGGGCCACUGGCGUUGGGUACGCGUGGUCCAAAUUCUCCGCCUUCGCUUCGGACUGGGACGCGGUUCUUGCCCAGCUCAAUGACCCUCGUCUCUCUCACAAUGGCGCCUCCGUCUCCAGCUGGGACAUCUGGAAAGGUGGCGUCCGGAACUUCACCCUGCCGCGUGCAGCCGCUGACACCGAGGAUAAAAUCCUGGGUAA